CCAGCCCUUCGUAAAUUAUCGGAAACAUUCGUAGACACGCAUCACGUGGGAGGUUAACUGCUAAUAUGUUUGACCAAUGAAAUACUGGUUCUCGAGUGUACAUGUAUUGUUUAUAUUUACGAUAAUGGCGGGUGAUUCAGCGGCUGACGAGCGAGUGUUUAUUGAAUUAAAAAAUGCUUAUUCUUCUGGAAAACUCCCACAAACGUUCAGAAAAUUUAAUAUAUCUACAAUUAUUACUUAUUUCUUACACACACAUUCCGAUUUUCGCUCAAUCAGGGAAGUUUCAUACGAGUUGUACACCAAUGGACAUGUUCGGGUAAGUACAUGUAUAAUUCCGAGACAAAGAAAAUUAACUUUCAUCCCGAUUCAUUUAAGAUCUACAUGUAGAUGUGAAAAACAGUUUUAGAUAGAUGAAAUAAAUUCAUUUUAAACCAAUUACUAAAUUAUAUUGAUUUUUAAAGUAGAGCUAUCGGGUUAAAAAACAAUUGCUUUGAAUUUUCUUUGCUUUGACUUUGUUCCCGAAAUGGUUCGUACCCGAUGUUUUCGUAGCCUGCAUUAAUAUUGUAUAUUGUUCAGAUGGAGAGACAUAGAGAAUCAGCAUUAGUCGCUUUAAUUAAAUGAAUUAUUUCACGUUGAAGUUUAAAAAAGGAGAUGGAUUUUCCCUCUUUUUUUAGAGAAUACAAGAGAGUAUGAUUAAAUUUUUUUUCCUUCAGGAAAUUUACGCUAGAGAAGAUGUAAGAGCUGGAAAAGUUCUUAUUAAAGCGGAGUGUCUUGCACACAUGAGACAGAGAAAAUAUGACAUCUUAAUCAUUCUGAACAUGAAAGAUGGGGACAUAAUACAUGCCAACUGUAGAUGUGAGGAUGGACAAGGUCCAGCAUCAACAUGCAAACAUGUGGCAGCUUUAUGUUAUGCUUUGGAGGAUUUUGUCAAAGUUUUCAUUCUUCCUGAAGAUGUACAGUCAUGCACUGAAAAACUUGAGACUUGGAACAAACCAAGAGAUAUCAAACUGCCUGCAUCACCCCUGUAUGAUGUAGACUUUGAGCGAAAAAAGUUCGGAAAAAGAAGAAAGGAAAGAAGAGAGCUCAGAGGAAGGAAGCCAGAAUUCUAUCAACUACAUCAAGUCUGUGAGAGUGAUAGAAGUGCUGUCACAGAAUUUCUGUCAGAAAUGAACACGUGGUCAGCUGACAACGGAAAAAAUUUGUUAAUCAACACUGUGACUGACAUUAGUGACCCUAUUGAAACUACUGCAUCAGUCAACCAUUUGUAUGUUUAUAUGUCGGCUUUUUAUAAGUCUUUGGAGGAUGUAUGUUCUCAAGUCACUGUUCCUCUUCAAGAGUUGAAAAAAUCUUUGAAAGUCUCUGAAGAGGAGCAGUCAAUGAUAGAGAAACAUACUCUCCUUCAAAGCAGAGUUUCAGACUGGUACACCCUAAGAACGUACCGCAUUACAGGUUCUGUGGUCCACAGAAUUUGUAAUUACUAUGUUUACAAAAGAUCAAAUCCUGAAAAUAUUGUAAAAUCAAUCAUGCAGCCAUCUUCUUUUACAAGUGCUGCAAUGAGGCUCGGGCUGGAAUUCGAACCAAAAGUCCUUGAAAGGUAUGAGGCUAUGAAUAGGUCAAACAAUAUUCAAAUUAAAAAACUUGGUCUUAUUAUUGACAAAGAGUAUGGUUUCCUAGCUUCCUCUCCAGACUCUGGCAUAGUUCAAAAUGGUCACUUGGUUGGAUUGGUUGAAGUUAAAACAAAAAUUUCUGAUAAAUGGAGUAAAAAAAGUAUUGCAGACUGUGUCAAGGAUUCCAGUUAUCCUCUUAAAUCUGUUGUAAACACUAAUAACAGAAAUCAAACAACUUUUAGUCUAAAAGAAAACAAUCCUUGGUAUCAUCAAAUUCAGCUGCAACUUUUUGUUUGUAGGUCAUUUGCUCAGUUUUGUGACCUUGCAAUUUAUCAUGUUGAAUGUCAAGAUUUCUUUUGUUUAAGGAUAAAGCCCAGUGAGGUAUGGGUCAAAAAACAUUUGCCAGAGCUAGAGCAGUUUUUUAAUAAUUUUAUGGCUCCGCAUAUAAUUGAAAAACACAAUGUAUCAGGAUAA